CUAUACGACCUACCUCGGUCGCAAUCACGUAACAGUCACGGUGGGUCCUGGUGGGUCCUCACAAUGUCAAAAGUGGGGGGCUAAAUUUCCUUUUUGUUCUCUAAUUUCUCCUGCUAAUGCUUUCCGAUGAUGCUUUCCGCUCUGAGCGUGACCGGAUCCGUCGUGAAGAUCUCCUUCGAAGAGAUCAGUCCAAUCUCCUCAAUGAUUCCCUGUUCAUGAGGAUUGAGCACGCACAUAUCGAAACAUGGCAGAAAGAUGGCAAUUAUGUACUUAUACACGACUCCGCUCCUGGAACCCUUUCAGGCCGUAUCUUGAGCCUUUAUGCCGAUAUUCCCCCGUUGGAUACGCACUCACAAAUCUUUGGCGACAGUAUCUCUCCAAUUGCCUAUAAAGAUUGUCCACUGGAACACGAGGAAUUAAAUGAUCUGGAUGGCCUUGACAAUCCUGCUCGCGAAGCUAUCAGCCAGUUGCCUGUCAUUUCUAUUGAUGAGGAACGUCACUUCGUGAAGGAAACGAGAUCUUCUGGAGAGGUAAUGAAUCUUCUCAAAACGAAGGGAGGUCCUCAACUCGUAGAGCUGUUAGGUAGAACGGAGGAUGGCAAGUUAGUAUUUCCCCGUCACCUCGACUUCGCUGCGGGAGUCUUCAUGGAAGCAUCUAUUUCCGUAUAUAAACGAAUUCUCCUUCAACUCGCAAAUGCCAUCAUCUUCCUCCACUCCAGAGGAAUUAUUCAUCGCGAUAUCGCCCUUCGCAACAUUCUUGCGUCCAAGGACCGCCAAAACAUCGUACUUUGUGACCUCGAGUCUCAAUACGGCAGUCACAUGUGUCCUGAAAUUUCUUUCGCAAGAUUUCAGCAGGGACUUCCAGACUCGGGGCUACCUUACUCAGAAAAAUCCGAUGUUUUUUGCUUUGGUACAACGAUGGCCGAUUUCAUUCUAGUAAACCACAUACAAACUCCUUGGCAAUAUUUCUCUGGCAGUUUUAUACCGCCACCGCCUUUUGACGAGAUCGUUCGAGCCUGUAUCAGACGCGAUCCGGUUGAUCGCCCCAGCAUGUCUGAAGUGAAAGCAAUGUUGGAGUCUAUAGAUGUUCCUGCGACUUAGCGAUUGAAAUCAGUGGUGAGCUGGUCUUACUAAAAACCAACUCGAAGUUUGAAAAGCGAGUUUUCAACACUAUUCAAAAUCCUUUUCCUCGAAUUCCUGUCCCGAUAAAGGUGUCUUUAACACCACAAUGAACACGAUGUACACGAUGUAGAGGAAUGAAAUCAUUCUGGUGCUUGUAUAUAACGCGUGCU